AUGAUGAAGUUCCAACUCUUCGCUUUAUUAUUAGUCAUUGCUGCUGCUUCAGCAAAGCCCUCUUUCAGCGAUGUCAGUAUCGUUGAUGAGUCCAGCGAUAGGCAGCAGAGAAUAAUCGUAGAAGGACAAAUAAGAAGGAUCAUUCAACAAAUCAGAGAAGGUAUCCAGAAAGCCGGACUCGAUCCUCUAGAAGUUGAAAGAGCAGAGUACGAAGACUCUCCAAUACCUUUCUUAGUUGAGAUCAAGGCUUUCAUUGAGAACCUUAAGUUUAAUGGUCUCAGUAACAUCGUUAUUCACAAUCUCAACUACAGUCUUAUUUUUAAUAGACUUCGAAUGGACCUUUCUCUACCAGCAAUCAGAUUGUCGAUUGGUGAUUCUGGUAUUGAAGCCUCUGUUUUCGGCAAUUCUUUGGAAGGUCAAUUGAAAGGAAGCGUUGCCAUAAUUUCACUACGUCUCGCAACAGAAGUUCGCGUGAAUAUUGGCAUCAUUAGUGGCAUUAGCAUCCGUAGUAUAUCAAUAAACUUAUCUCUUGGUGGUAUUGAGUCCGAUGUUUCCAUCUCACUAUUAGGUAACGAUUUAUCUGAUGAAGUAAAUGUUUUGCUGGGGGAAAGCAUUCCCAAGUUUUUCUCGGAGAACGCGGCCAGCAUCAAUAAAUUCCUCGAAGAUCUUAUUAAGGGUCUCUUAGAUAGGUCGUCAUUUUGA